UUCGCGCACUAAAGCCAAUAUCCACCGUACUCUUUACCGGAGCAAGUGUUCUGCAGCGGACAGCGAGAAGACGAAGAAGAGUGAGGACGUUUGCUCUCUCUCUUCACACGUCUGGAGUGUGUGUAUGUGGGUGAGUGAGCUGAAGAAAUUAGAGUCGCGUCUUUAUUUACCACACCUGUGAUGCGCUGCUGUCUCUGAGCAACGAAGACGCACUGAUGGCCAAGGUACAGGAAGAGGAUAUGUGUUGAAAGAGGACUUAUAAAUGCGUUGAUCGGUGUAAUAUUUCAAAAACUAAACCCAGACAGACAGCAGAUACUCCUCGCAGCUCAUUCAGCAGAUAUUACUGACUUAAACUUGAACGAGAAGGUGAUAAAGAUGCCGUUACACCUGGGUCCCUUUGUCCGCUGGAGAUCCGGGCUUGUACUCACAUGGAUCUGCUUGUUUUCGUCCGGAUUUGCCUUCAUUGGUGGAGAGCAUGCGGCCACUGUAACGCAUCCACUUCCUGCGGCCUUCUCCGACCUGCUGCCACACUUCCUGUUGGAGCCUGAUAAUGUUUAUAUCGUUAAGAACAAGCCAGUGACCCUCACCUGCCGCUCAACCCCUGCCACUCAGAUCUACUUCAAGUGCAACGGCGAAUGGGUUCACCAGGAUCAGCACUUGAUCGAGCGUGACGUGGACCCUGCCACAGAGCUGAGCUGAGCAGAGCUGACAAACAUGACCAUGGAGGAGUCCAGUCUGGACUGCAUGGUGAUUUGAAGAGAG